AUGACUUGGAACCAAAGUUUUAAAUUAGAACGCAUAUGUUGCGUUGGUGCGGGCUAUGUUGGUACACCUACUUCAGCUGUAAUCGCUUUGAAAUGUCCUGAGGUCCAGGUGACUGUUGUUGAUUCGAAUGCGGAUCGUAUUGCUGCCUGGAACACUGACGUCCUUCCCAUUAAAGAACCAGGUCUUUUGGACGUAGUCAAAGCCUGUAGGGGGAAAAAUCUACAUUUUUCUACUGACGUCACUUUGCAUGCCAGUGAGGCUGACAUUAUUUUUAUCUGCGUUAACACACCAACAAAGAAUUACGGUAUUGGCAUCGGACGUGCUGCGGACUUAACCACCCUUGAGGCGGCUGCUCGAACGUUGGCCGCUUGUUUUACAACCUCGAAAGUGGUUGUCGAAAAAAGCACGGUCCCAGUCCGUUCAGCUGCUAGAGUGGCAGAACUCCUAAAUCUCCAAUCACCCAAGCAUCUGGAGCAUACCGUUCUAUCAAAUCCCGAGUUUCUUGCUGAGGGUACUGCUAUCAAGGACCUACUCUAUCCAGAUCGAAUUCUAAUUGGGGGAGAUGAGAAUUCUCCCGCUAGUCGUCGUGGCCUUGAGAUGCUCACUUGGGUGUACAAGCACUGGAUUCCUGAGGACAGAAUUCUCCUCACAUCAGUUUGGUCGUCAGAACUUUCGAAACUUGCAGCUAACGCUUUCUUAGCACAGCGUAUCAGCAGCAUAAACGCGGUUUCAGCUAUUUGUGAGGCCACUGGCGCCGAUGUCCGUGAGGUUUCGAUGGCAAUCAGUCAGGAUUCUCGAAUCGGUCCAUAUUUCCUCCAGGCCAGUCUCGGUUUUGGUGGCAGCUGUUUCCGAAAAGACAUUCUCAACCUAACCUACAUUUGUGAGUCCUUGAAUCUCCCAGAGGUGGCCUCAUAUUGGAACAUGGUUCUCCGAAUAAACGACCACCAGAUGGAAAGAUUUUCACGAUCCAUACUGCGCUCCAUGUUCAACAACCUGCGUGACAAAAGAAUUGCCAUUUUGGGUUUUGCAUUUAAAAAAGACACAGGUGAUACAAGGGAGAGCGCUGCGAUCAGGGUGUGUUCAAUCCUCCUUUCUGAAUGCGCUUAUCUUGCCAUUUUCGAUCCCCAAGUCAAGGAUGACCAGAUCAUUGCUGAUCUUAGUGAAUUUUCAGAUUCCGGUGUAGUUCGCGCCAAUGUCACAAUUUGUCGAAGUGCAACGGAAGCCGCGUGUUUGGAUUAUCGGGGCCUUUAUGACGUCAUGAGCAAGCCAGCGUGGCUGUUUGACGGUCGCCUAAUAGUCGACCACAAGCAACUCAGAGACAUCGGUUUUAACGUCAAAGCGAUCGGCGUUUACUUGGAAGGUGAGGGUAAACAUCUGCAACACAGGAUUGACUAUCAGUAA